CAGCGCUGACUGGAGUAAUCAGUCUUGGACUGAAACUGAAUCAAACUGUGUGUUCCCGUUGAAUCUCCAGCAGCGGUCACCUUCAAAUCGGCUACAGAUUUCACUUUUGAGCUAAAAGAUUUAAAGGAUACUGCCCACUGCCGCGCUCCAUCAUGUUCGCCAAUCCAUUGCAAAAACCCACCACCAAGGGAAAGAGCUUCCAAGACCGUGAAGCGCCCCAUCAAUAUGCUAUAUCCGAUUAUGGCUAUGGCAAGGAUGCUGUCAAGAUCCUGCACGUUAAGAGGGACGGGCCAGUGCAUUCGAUAAAGGAAUUUGAAGUUGGCACGCAUUUGAAGUUGUACAGCAAAAAGGAUUAUUUCCAUGGCGAUAACUCCGAUAUUGUGGCCACUGACUCGCAAAAGAACACCGUCUAUCUGUUGGCCAAGAAGCAUGGCAUUGAAAACCCUGAGAACUUUGCCCUUCUGUUGGCACGUCAUUUCAUGCAGAAAUAUGCCCAUGUCGAGGAAGUUCAUAUCCAUGUUGAGGAGUAUCCAUGGCAGAGAGUCAGUGCCGAAGAGACCGGUUGUCAAGAAGGCAAUGGUAACUGUAAUUACACCAACAUCAAUAACAGGGCCAGACAUAAUCAUGCCUUCAUCUUUACACCCACCGAAAUUCGUUACUGCGAUGUGGUGCUGAGGAGGACCGAUCCCAAGCAAACUGUCAUUAGUGGCAUUCGUGGCCUGCGUGUCUUGAAGACCACACAAUCGUCCUUCGUCAACUUUGUCAACGAUGAGUUCCGUUCGCUGCCCGAUCAAUAUGAUCGCAUUUUCAGUACCGUCGUUGACUGCUCUUGGGAAUAUUCCAACACCGAUAAGGUCCUGUUCUGUAAAUCCUGGAACAUUGUCAAGAACAUUAUUAUCCGGCAAUUUGCCGGUGAUCCAAAUGUUGGCACCUCCUCCCCCUCGGUACAACACACCCUGUACUUGACCGAGAAAGAAGUUUUGGACACCCUGCCAGAAGUUUCGGUCAUUUCGAUGACAAUGCCAAAUAAACAUUAUUUCAAUUUCGACACUAAGCCCUUCCAGGCCGUUGUACCCGGCGAGAAUAAUGAAGUCUUUAUUCCCGUCGACAAGCCACAUGGUACCAUCUAUGCCCAAUUGGCACGCAAAGAUAUCGCCAGUCAUUUGUAAAGCAAAGGCAUUGUUUUUCUCUUUUUUUUGGCGGAAUUCUAUGGAAUGUUAUUUUUGGCUAUGUCUUACGGUUGCGGUUAUGAUUUUAAGUUUUGAAAUUAUUUUUUUUUGUUAUUCAUAUCUUAUGUUCUCAAUAAUAAUAAUAAAAAAAAAGUUUGUAAUGAAA